CAUUUACAUCAUGAGAACAGAACGCUUGAGUGAAGUAGAGCAAAUAUUUGCUGAUCAAAAGGCGGCCGUGACCAUACAAUAUCGCCAGAUUUAUAUUUAUCACAGCCAGAGUCAAAUCCAUUUAGCAGGCAAGGAAGGCUCCAACUAAAAAGAAACCUAAGAGUAAAAUGGGGUCUCCAGUGGUGUUUGUCCUGAUCCUGGCCACGACAACCUUUGCAGCAGCUGCAGGUAUCCAGGAGAUAUAUGCCUCUGAGAACCCGUUACCAGUGGGCAGCAAUGUCACACUUUUCAGCCGGGAAAAUGUCACCACAGGGGCAUGGCUGUUCGGAAAUAAUAUCAUUGUGUUCAUAAUACCGGGAGGUCCUAUCAUAAUUAACACUUUGCUUGACAGGGUUACAUUCAAUCCAACCACUUCAUCAUUGACUAUAAAGUCACUACAGCUGGAAGAGUCUGGAUUGUACCUAUUACAGGGAGUGAAUUCUUUUCGCGCUCAGUUAACACUGUCAGUCCAAGUGCCUAUUUCAAAUGUGACUCUGAGGGCAAACGCAACCCACCUGGUGGAGUUCAAUGACACAGCAGUUCUCAUGUGCUCCGUGCUCAACGGCUCGUCCCUGUCUUACGUUUGGCUGAAGGGCAACUCCGUGGUCACAGCCAGUGGGGGAGCACAGCUCAGCGAUGGAGGCGCCACUAUCACCAUAGUCAGGGUGACCCGCUAUGACGAGGGGUCGUACAGGUGCAAUGUGUCCAAUGGUGUGAGCCAUGAAAUCAGUCUCCCUGUAUAUCUGAACAUCAGCUAUGGUCCAAGUAACAUAACGAUGAUGAUCAUGCCCAUGAAGUCCGCCUACAUAACCGGAUCUAACAUCACACUGUCAUGCUCAGCGGAGUCCAGCCCUCAAGCGAUGAUCCAGUGGAUGGUUGAUGGGGUGUACCUAAAUCAUUUUGGCGCACAGCUUCAACUAGAGAGGGUUACAAAGAGCAACUCGGGAAAUUACCGAUGCGUAUUUCACAACACAGUCACGGCCAGGUUCAGCAGCAAAAGUGCAAUGAUCAAGAUUGUGGAGCCAAUAGCAGCAGUCGUGGUGAAUCACACAGGUGGACCAGUAAUACUUCAUGAGCAGUUAAUUCUGCAUUGUGAAGUGAAUGGAUCUUUUACCAGCAUUCAGUGGUGGAGGAAUGGUCAACUUAUUACUGCUGACAAUACAACAACCUUUGACAUGAACAACAAGACACUGAUUAUCAACCCAGUCCAACAGUCAGAUAAUGGAGAUUAUCAGUGUCAGGCUUUUAAUCCUGUGAGCAACAUGACCAGCAGCCCCUACACAGUUGUCGUAAAUUAUGGCCCAAUGAAACCAGUAAUUGAAGGGCCGUCCAUGGCUCUGACAGGAACACUGGCAACCCUCAACUGCUCAAGUGCCUCUCGUCCUCCCAGCCACAUCAGCUGGUACCACAAUGGUUCACUGGUGGCUACCUACUCAGAUUUAACGAUUGGACCGCUGACCUUCAAUAUGAGUGGGAAGUACACCUGCAUGGCCUUCAACAACGUCACCGGCAAAAACAGCACUGCAUACACAAUGCUCACUGUUUUGGCUCCAGUGACCAUGGCGUCAAUCAAGAUUGUCGGAGCUAAGCCAAUCCUGAACCACACAUUCACUCUAACCUGUGAGACAGCUGGAGGUGUGGAGUCAAUUACCUGGAUGUAUGGUUGGUCCCCACUGUAUGCUGACAACACAAGAAACUUCUCAAAGGACAACGCUACCCUCACAUUUGAUCCUGUCAUGAACUCUGACAAUGGAAACUAUCGGUGUGUAGCUUCCAACCCACUCAGCAGCGUAUCCAGUCAAAACUUCACGCUGGCGGUUUAUUAUGGACCACAGGUGCCAACUAUCAUGGGACCAAAUGCAGCAAAGACAGGAUACAAUGCUACAUUCAGCUGCUACGCAUCAUCAAACCCUCCCAGCUCCUACAAAUGGUUCUUCAAUGAUUCUCUAGUGGCCAAUACGUCUAUGUAUGUCACACCACUUCUUACCAAAGACAUGAGUGGGAAGUACACCUGCAAGGCCUACAACAACAUCACCGGCAAAAACAGCUCUGCAUACACGAUGCUCACCGUUUUGGCUCCAGUGACCAUGGCGUCAAUAAAAAUUGUCGGAGCUCAGCCAAUCCUGAACCACACAUUCACUCUAACCUGUGAGACAGUUGGAGGUGUGGAGUCAAUUACCUGGAUGUAUGGUUGGUUCCCACUGUAUGCUGACAACACAAGAAACUUCUCAAAGGACAACGCAACCCUCACAUUUGAUCCUGUCAUGAACUCUGACAAUGGGAACUAUCGGUGUGUAGCUUCCAACCCACUCAGCAGCUUAACCAGUCAAAACUUCACGCUGGCGGUUUUUUAUGGACCACAGAUGCCAACUAUCAAGGGACCAGAUGCAGCGAAGAUGGGAUACAACGUCACAUUCAGCUGCUACGCAUCAUCACACCCUCCCAGCUCCUACAAAUGGUUCUUAAAUGAUUCUCUAGUGGCCAGAACGUCGAGGUAUGUCACCCCACCUCUUACCAAAGACAUGAGUGGGAAGUACACCUGCAUGGCCUACAACAACAUCACCGGCAAAAACAGCUCUGCAUACACAAUGCUCACCGUUGUUGAUGAAAUAGAAUAUGUUCAUGUCAAAUCACCAAUGAAUCCUGCCAUAGAAGGUAAUGUCUAUAAGCUAACAUGCAAUGUGAGUGGACCUGUUGGGCAUGUUUACUGGAUGAAAAAUGGUAAGCCACUGCAUGAAGACAACAGAACUGUUUUCUCCAUGGAUAACAAGACCGUCACCUUCAACCCGCUGGAACGCUAUGACACUGGAUACUACCAGUGUAAGGCUAUUAAUGCUGUUUGGAACAUGACCAGCCCUCCUUACAUGCUCCGUGUGAACUUUGGACCAGAAACACCCAUGAUUGAUGGGCCAUCUUUUGCUGAGAUGGGACAUUACGCGGUCUUCAACUGUUCUGCCAUGUCGAUGCCUCCCAGUCAGUUCAGCUGGUGGUUCAAUGGCUCCAACGUGGCCAAUUCUUCAAUGUUUAAAACUGACCUUUUGACUUUCAAUAUGAGUGGAGAAUACACCUGCAAGGCCUACAAUAAUGUGACGAGAAAGAACAGCACAAGCUCCAAGAUGCUCACAGUCAUUGAGGCAAUUGAGUCAGUGAUGAUCAGAAACAACACAGUUCCAAUAAACUAUGAGAACUUCACUCUCACCUGUGACGUUACUGGGCCCUAUGACAUGAUGUACUGGAUGAAGGACUACAUGCGCCUCAACAUGACACACUCAAACCCUCACAUGUCCUACCACAUUGAAAACAACACGCUGCACUUCACUCCGUUGACGAUGUACAAUGACGGGACAUAUCAGUGUAUCGCUACCAAUCAGGCUGGUCCACAUAAAAGCCCUGAAUACAUGCUCCUGGUGAACUACGGCCCUCUGAGCAUGAAUAUCUCUGGUCAUGUUGGCCCCUUCGUGUACUGGACAUGCUCUGCUGAUUCUCGGCCAGAUUGUGACUUCCACUGGUUCUUCAACAAGUCAUCAACACCUUUUCAUUCCGGCCCUGCUAUCUCUUUCCCUGCGACGAAAGAGAAUGAGGGAAACUACACAUGCAAGGCGAGGAACCCUGUGACUAAUAUCACAAUGUACAAGACCAAAGUCUUCACUGUCACUGCUCACGCCUCUGCCCUCCACUUCCCAUCCCAAGGCGGUCUGAUGUUGAUGCUGUUUGCUUUGUUUGUCCCUGUGCUGCACAACUGAUUCCAGUCCGACUGAAAGGCCUCUUGCUCCCUCUACAGUCUGAACAGUAUUACUGUAAAAUGAAAAGGCAGGUACUGUACAGUCAAUAAUCUGAUGCCAUGUUAACAGUUCUUGUGGGUUUUGUUUUGUUUGUGGGCAAAGAAAAAUUCAGUUUGUUGUUAGAUAUUUCCUUUAAUCAGAUUUAUUUUCAUUAACAUCUACAAUACAGAAUAGUAACAUUUACACUGACAAAUCAUCAUAUUAAUGCAUUGCCUAUUUUGGGUGUUUUAUGUGAAUUUUUUUUAUUAUUAGCAAGUAAAACAAGUUGUAUUUGUGUUAUUGUGGUGGUUGUUGAUGUUGAUUUGUUUAAUACAAAUAAUUCAACAUACUUGCAUAGUUUAACAAGUGUAUUCCUCUAAAUUACCUGUAUACCCCACUGCAGUUCUUCACUCUGAACACCUGGAGGCCUUUUUUGUUAUGUGUGAUCAUAUUAAAACUGUAAUUAAAUGUAAGUCUUAUGAUGCUUUAAUUCACUGUAUUUAUUUCUUAAUCAAUAAAUAACCAACACAAUCAA